CAACACCAGGAAAUCGGCGAUAAGGUGCAGCUACAGGCUCCACGACCGAUUCAUUUCUUACAAUUCGGUAUUCGAAGCUUGAGAUCUGAAAUAUCGUCAAAAAUCGUUGACUUACAGUCUUCAUCAUGUCUCGUCCUGAGGAUACCCUUGCCGCCGACGUCCACUAUGACGAUACCGAAGCGCGCAAAUACACCACAAGCUCUCGAAUCCAAAACAUUCAAGCGUCCAUGACCCGAAGAGCCCUAGAACUCCUCGAUCUCAAGUCACCAUCCCUCAUUCUCGACGUCGGCUGCGGCAGUGGUCUCUCCGGCGAGAUCCUCUCGUCAAUCGAGCCCGAAGAAGGCGGCCCUCACACAUGGAUCGGAAUGGACGUCUCACCAUCAAUGCUGGACAUUGCGCUACAGCGAGAUGUAGAGGGUGACCUCAUGCUAGCAGACAUCGGCCAGGGCGUGCCCUUUCGAGCAGGUACUUUCGACGCAGCGAUCAGCAUCUCCGCUAUCCAAUGGCUCUGCAGUGCCGAAACAAGCGAUACAUCACCCUUCGGCCGGCUAACCCGCUUCUUCAACGGCCUCUACGCAUCGCUCAAGCGCGGCGGUCGAGCAGUAUGUCAAUUCUACCCCAAGAACGAUGAGCAGCGCCACAUGAUCACCCAAGCCGCCGUAAAAGCCGGCUUUCGGCGCCGGUAUGCUCGAAGACGACCCUGGCACCAAGAACCAGAAGCUGUACCUCGUGCUUACCGUCGGAGGCGGCGAUAUUCAGAAGAAGGGCGGUGAUAUUACUGGCGUUGUUGAGGGUAUGGAGGGUGUGGAUGUUGAGGAUGCGAGACGGCAGAUCAAAGCGCAUGCUCCGAAUAUGUCAAAGGGUAGCAAGGCGUGGAUCGUCAAGAAGAAGGAGCAGAUGGAACGGAAGGGAAAGAUUGUCAAGGCGACGUCGAAGUACACUGGACGAAAGCGACGGAUACAGUUUUAGGCUUGCGGGCUGGUUUGGCAUUGUACGGCGUUGGGUGGGAAAAUCUUUCGUUCUAGACCUUUCAAUUUGACACGGAUACCCUUUGAAGCAUACAUCUCGGUCGUUGUAUAACCCACGGGGGCACAUUUUGGUGCCUGUAUCAAGAGUAGCCUGCUUCUUGAGUCGCCCUCAUCUUAGGCCGCUGGCCAGAAUGCCUCCUCCGCCUCCAGAACAUCAUGCCACUUCCCCUCAACCCUCUUGAACAGCUUCUCCUUAACAUCCUCACCCUUCUCCUCAACAAGCUUAUUAACAGCAUCAUCAAUGAUGCUUCCAAGCUCAUCCACAAACUCAACAAACUCCUUACACGUCCAGUUGUUGAUAAACUCCUUCCUCACAGCCCCACCAUCAGCAUCAUUACUCCCAUCAUCAUCGGAUAGCUGCGCCUUAGCCCACGACCAAGCAUCAAGGUAACACUUUUCCGUCCCCCAGUAAAUCACCGCAGCUUCAAGCCAAGGAAGCUCUUCCUUCUCAUUGGGAGCCACAGAAGCGUACAGAGCCUCCCAGCGUCGAAGACCUUCUAGCUUGGUACUCGAGGCAACACGGCCAUCGUCUCCAGUCUCGAGAUUAACAUUGAUCCCGUAUUGGGAUGCUGUGUUGAUAAAGAACUUUUCUUCUCGGCGGAUGUUGACGAGAGCUGCGACGAUCCAGUCUAGAAGCUUCGUUGUAGCUCCGGGAUCGACAUUAAGUUGCGCGGUAUCAGGAUACUCGAGAAAGCUGAGAAGACGACCUAGCCCACGACAGUAGCUGUGGAUGUAGAGACGAUCGUUUGCAAGCCAGCGGCCAAGAAGCCCUUUUGAUGCUUUGCCGUGACCUGCGAGUUUGAGGAACUCAGACUGGGUAGCUCGCUUAUAAGCUUGCUCGUCUGAGACGAGAAGCUGUUGGGUUAGAGAAUAAGACAUGAUAAUGAAUGAUGAGGUAUUUCCUCAGGAUGUUGAUGCGGAGAUGGCUUCAUGGUCUGACGAGAGCUUGGCAGGAAUUAUGUCAUUGUGAGAGGAUCGGUCUAAUGUUGUUCCAGCUGCAGGAUGUUGGUACUACAGGGUCCAAGUCGAGUCGGGUCUAUGUGAGAUCUGUAUGAAGCUACGAUGUACCAUCUUUGGUGUUUAUGAGAUUAGGUUAGUUUGUGUAUGGUUGCCCCUUGUGAGACAUUGCUCUGAACUUCAAUUGUACUAGUCCAGGAAUCUACUUGAGUCAAAAGGGAU